AUGGCAUUCCUGUUUAAAUCAAAAAAACACAAUCAAGCCGCAAAUUCUGGCUUACCACCAGCGACGAGAACCAUUCAUACCUCAGAAGGAACUGCUUCGGGUCCUUCAGCAGUACCCCCCAAUGGUGCACGGGAUGGUGGACCAGUGCAGUCCCCAGGCUCUGGGAGCACGAACAACUCGUUGAACUCUCUGACUGGUACUGCUAGUUCUGAACAAUCUAGGUCACGGAGGGAUAGAGCCGACUCAGAAUCCCAGGGACCACGAACACAAAUACAAAAUGGAAACAACGCACCAUCGCCAGUUCCAAACCCCGCUCUUUUCCCAUGGUCUCAACGUCGAAUGAAUUUCCCUAGCCAGAAUUUUCGACCUUUUCCACGAUAUGGCGCUGCGGUUAACGGUGUGGCAUCAAAAGAGGGCGAUAUUUACAUGAUGGGUGGGUUGGUUGAUGGAUCAACUGCCAAAGGGGAUUUGUGGAUGGUAGAAAACAAUGGAGGCAACAUGUCCUGCUUCCCUAUCACCCCUGUGACUGAAGGCCCGGGGCCCAGAGUUGGCCACGCAAGUUUACUAGUCGGAAAUGCGUUCAUUGUGUUUGGUGGAGAUACAAAAACAGAUGACAAUGAUUCUUUGGACGAUACAUUAUAUCUGUUAAAUACUUCAUCCCGACAGUGGUCUCGCGCUGUUCCUCCGGGUCCUCGACCCGCCGGAAGAUAUGGCCACACAUUGAAUAUAAUAGGCUCCAAGAUUUAUAUCUUUGGUGGCCAGGUGGAGGGCUUUUUCUUUAACGACUUGGUUGCCUUCGAUUUGAAUGCGCUUCAAAAUCCAUCAAAUAAGUGGGAAUAUUUAAUCCGCAACAGUCAUGAUGGUGGACCACCCCCAGGAAAAAUCCCACCCGCUCGGACGAACCACACCAUCGUCAGUUUCAGUGAUAAACUUUACUUGUUUGGUGGAACGAAUGGGCUACAAUGGUUUAAUGACGUUUGGUGCUACGACCCCAGAACGAAUCUCUGGACACAGCUAGACUAUGUUGGAUUGGUACCUGCAGCAAGAGAGGGGCAUGCUGCUGCCAUAGUUAAUGACGUCAUGUAUAUCUUCUCUGGACGCACUGAAGAAGGCGCAGAUUUGGCGGACCUGGCUGCGUUCCGUAUCCCCACCAGACGAUGGUAUUCCUUCCAAAACAUGGGACCAUCACCAUCUGCCCGCUCUGGCCACAGCAUGACCACAUUCGGCAAACAAAUUAUAGUUCUCGGGGGCGAACCGAGUACUGCACCCCGAGAUCCAGAGGAGCUGAGCCUAGUGUAUGUUUUGGACACCUCCAAAAUUCGAUAUCCUAGUGAACCUAGUCCCACUUCUCCAACGGGCAAUGGUCCCCGCAAGAUGGGCCCACCAGAUCGACCAGGUGUAUCAGGUCGUACAUCCCGCGAGGCUAAUAACUCAACUCCAGACUUACAGAACCGCCGUGGGCAGCCGUCGGGUCGCGAAAGUGCCACUUCUGGGAGGCCUGAUGCAUCGAGUCCUGCCCCUGGCGGUCCAAAUUCUCGCCUACCUCGCGCAUCAAUUGCCCAAGCACCAGCCGGCCCGCCUCCUCCUGGUCAAGCGCCAACACCAACAUCAAGGGGCCCCAACACUGGUGGCAACCAUGGCUCACGAAACAAACCCCCCAAAGGGGAAAGGGGAAUCACACCUGUCGAUAACCAGAGACCUAUUGGUAAUGAAAGAGAUAGAGCAGGACCUGGGAUGCGUGAUGCGAUGGCAGGUGCCGGCCCAGGACGAGAACUGAGCCCCGUUGCUGGUGGUCGCCGGACGCCAAUCCAGCAAUCUUCUUCGCGGCUAUCUGCUAGAGCUAUGGAAGCCGGAGAAGCUGCCCCACUAGUGACACCCGCAAGACAACGCUCCCUACGACAAAGACGUCAGAACUCUAUAGAUAGCGUAGAUGACUCCAUUCUGGGCAAACUUGGCAAUGUUGAGGGGUCGGAACAAAGAAGCUAUAGGAAUUCCAGAAAUUUUACCGACGAACCUCGCUCCCCACGCCUGACACCCCACCAAGAAGCUCUUAUAAAGGAGCUCGAAACAGCAAAAGCCAGGAAUGCUUGGUAUGCUUCAGAAUUAGCAUUGGCCCGAAAGGCAGGAUAUAAUAUCAACCCCCCGAAUCCUUCUAUCCUUGACCAACGAUCGAUAGACGCCUUUAAAGAAGAAGAUCGUCCUUUGAUCGAGGCUUUCCUUUCCAUGCGGUCGGAGCUGGCGAAGAUGCAAGCUGCUGUUGACCGUCAGGCAGCAAUUGCGUCGAAGCGGGUAGCAGAAGCGGAACAUCAAAGGGACGCUGCCAUUAACGAAGCUGUCUAUGCCCAAGCUAAACUUGCUGCCCAGGGAGGUAGCCCACGAGGGACACCCCAAUCAGAUCGUAACGGCCGCGAUAUUGAUGAAAAAAAUCCUGAUCGAUCUGCUGAAAUAAGUCGACGGCUAGCCCUUGCUCUUGCCUCACAAUCAGAAAUGAAAGCGAAGGCAGAAGCGUUGAUGUUGGAGCUUCAAGAUGAGAAGAAAGCACGAGAGUUGGCCGAGGAACUUCAUGAGGUAACGAGUAAAAGACUCUCGGAAAUGGAAUCGCAGAAUAACAACCUGGAAUUGGAAAGUUUGCGGACCGAGCUCCAUCAAUUACAGGCUGCGUUCCGAGAAGAGGCUGUCCUCCGAUCCGAAGCGGAGAGUGCUCUUAAGCUCGCUCUAAUUGAUAAAAAUGAAUUAUCCCAGAAUGUGGAUGAUCUCCGUAGCCGUCUGGAAAGUCAUGGAACUGAUGUUGUAUCCCUUCGCGAAGCGGUCACCGCUUCCGCAGCUAGAGCUGAGCUUAUGGAAAGACAGUUGGAGGAGGAACGUGAACACCGUGAAGGUUUGGAGAGGAAACUUCUGCAGCUUAGAGCGGAGCAUGAGGAGCAGACGACGGAACUCGAAAAUGCUGCUCGGCGAUUGAAAGAUGCUGAAGAAUUGGCCGAAACCCAUGCAAGGGAAGCAGAGAGUCAUAGAUCGGCGUUCUUGGCCGGUCUGGACCGUGCCUCCUCCCAUCAUUCUGACACUGGCUCUAAGUCACUCUCUGACCAACGAGUGGAGGCUCUGAAGGAGCAAGUUGACCGUGCAAAUGAGCUUGUAAAGACCAAUCGCCAGGCAGCAAAUGAGGCCUCUGAGAAACUUCGACGAGCAGAGGAGCGGAUUGCUGGUUUGGAGCAGUACCAAGAACAGGCUAGUCGGGAAGGUCUUCAGCUUCGGAGACAACUCCAGUCAGCUUUGAAAGAGAGCCAAGCGUUGAGUAAUGAGAACCGAGAAGUAAAGGCACAACUUGAGAGCCACCAACGCGACACUAGUGCUUUGGCAAUACAACAUGGGGCGCUGAAAGAGCUACUCGGAGAGCGUGGUAUAAGUGCGGAUAAUAGACGAUCCCCACUCCUUGACUCCCCUGGCUCUCGGUUCGGAACCCCUGAGCAUGCUCGUCUUCGCGAACUGGAGCAGCAGCUUCAGGCAAGUCUAAAAGCGCACGAAGAAAUGAAAUUAUCAUUUGAAUCGAGAGAACAGGAGGCUGAUCGAGCUUACCAUGAGAAGCUUGAGCAGCUUGAAAAUGAUUACCAAUCCGCUGUCCAUUAUGUGAAGGGAACAGAGAAAAUGCUGAAGAGGAUGAAGGACGAGCUUUCCAAAUAUAAAUCCCAGAACUCGAAACUGCAGACGGAAUUAGACGCAGCUUUGCAAAAAGCUGAUUCUUCAUCUACCCCAUCGGCGGACGCAUUAGCUCAAUGGGAGGCUGAGCGUUCAGCUUUGCAUCAAACUCUCUCUGAACUUCAGUCGAAGACUUCGACUUCAGUUGCUAACUUAGAAACCCAGUUGGCAAAACUACAGCAAGACCUCACCGCUGUACAAGCUGAAAGGGAUCAGAGCCGGUCCGAGCAAGCAAACAUCAAAAGUGAGCUGUCUAACAUCACAGAAAAGAGCCGUGUGGACCUAGAGCAGCUUAAAAGUGAGAAUACCCUUCUUGAAACCCGGGCGCUAGAUGCGGAACGGAAAGUUACAAUGCUCCUUGACCAGGUCGAAUCAUCCGUUACGAAUUAUCGACGACAGUCCCAACAAGUUCUGUCCCAAUCCAACGGAUUGAGCCGUACCAUCAGCAACUCGUCGAGCAACAUAAUCAGCGGCCGUCCAAGAGCUGACAGUAACGCUUCCCAAGACGAGUCCUUCCUAAACUAUCGUGGUUCCUUCGCACUCGAUUCCCUCGCCACUGAGCUAGACGCUCUCCGAAGCCAUUGGGAAAACACAAACAGAAAUUACCGACUAAGCACCCAGUUCGAUUUCGAUCGUACCCCCACCAAGGAAACAUACGGUGAGAACUGCUUGAGCGAUAAUCUGGCUAAUUGGCGGAAACGAUUGGAUGAAGAGGAGCGGGCUUGCACCCCCGUUAGAACACCAACGACAGGACCCGCAGCCGGUGACCCCACAGCGUCAACGAAGGAUAACAUGAUUUGA